AUGGUGUUCAAGAGAGAGCACGGCAGAGAGGGAGAGUGGGUUGCUUGUGAGAUGCAAGCAAGCAGUCCCAUGAACUCCUGGAGGAUGUUUCAGCUGGAGUUAGCUGGGUUCAUCAAAGUGUGUUCUCUUAUGUAUUUACUCAUUGUCAUCUUGGACUUGUUGGUUUGUUUGUUUAUUCCUUCCAUUGGGUUAUAUGCUGUGACGGGGGAAACCGGUGUUUCCCCAACAAAGGCCAUGGCAGCUGGUGUGAGUGCUCAGCUCAUGAGGCAACAUGCAAAAUUCCAUGACUUCAAAUUGAAAUAA